GAGGCGUUCGCGGCGCGUUAAAAGAGAAGAGCGCUGAUUUGACGCGUUCGCUGCGCACUAGAUGACGCGGCGGAAGGAUCCUUUUAGAGGAAGCGCGUCGCUCGCGGAGCUCCAGGGGGAGGUGAAGCGGGAGUGAAGCCGGCUGGAGGCGCUCAGGUUCAGCAUCACUUCUCAAAGUUUCUCGCGGACUCUGCUGGUGUAUGAGCGCCGCUUCGGAUCUCGCUCUCUCACCGACUGUCGCUCCAGCGCUCCGCCGCCAUACGGAUCGUUCUCUCCGGUUUCUAGGAUGUUAUCCAGCCAGAGCGCCGCGGCUCUGAGUGGAAGCGGGUCAGCGGCGGGGAAGAGCGCAGGCCACGGCGCGGUGGUGCUGGGCGCCGGGGUCCGCGCGGGGUUCGCCCGGGGGCUGGGGCCGAUGGGGCUCGGGAUCCCAGGGAGGUUCGAGCCGGAUAAAGAGGGACCCCCGCACCUGUGCAGCGGCUCCGACGCGGACUCUGACUCCGGCGAUGAGGACGAGCUCAUGGGGUCAGUCGGGGACAACCGGAGGGGAGGCGGCGUCAAGCGGGAGAGAGCGGAGAUGGAAGCCGCGAUGGUGGGACCUGAGGCCGGCUUGCCCUCCGCGGCGCUCGCGGGUGGAGCGGCCGGAGCGAAACCGGGCAAGAAGACCCGCGGCAGAGUGAAGAUAAAGAUGGAGUUUAUAGACAACAAACUGCGCCGGUACACGACCUUCAGCAAGAGGAAGACGGGCAUCAUGAAGAAGGCGUACGAGCUCUCCACGCUCACGGGAACUCAGGUCCUGCUGCUGGUGGCCAGCGAGACAGGGCACGUCUACACGUUCGCCACGCGUAAGCUGCAGCCCAUGAUCACCAGCGAGACGGGCAAAGCUCUGAUCCAAACCUGCCUGAACUCCCCGGACUCUCCGCCGCGCUCCGACCCGUCCACGGACCAGCGCAUGAGCGCCACGGGCUUCGAGGAGACCGACCUCACAUACCAGGUGUCCGAAUCCGAGAGUCUGGGAGAAACCAAGGACGCUCUGAAGCCGGCGUUCUCCGUGGCCAGCACCACCGUCCCCAGCUCCUCCAGCAGCUCGUCCUUCCCCAUCACUAACUACCUGCCGUCCGCCGGCGCGAGCGGAGCCAAGAGCGCAGGAGUCAUGCAGCUGCCCGCAGGAUUCACCUUCAUGUCAGGCUCUCCGUUUGCUCCCGGGACUCCUGCGAUUCCUCUCGGUCAGAGCAUUACAGCGUCAUCGUCCGGCGCGUCUCAGCCGUCUCAGGGUCAGCAGGCUGUGUUUCGUCUGCCGGCCACCGUCUCGCUCACCGGCGGAGUGAUGCCGCAGCAGCUCCAGAGCAUCCAGGUCCAGUCCAGCGGUCAUUCGAGCUGCAUCAGCACCAGCGCCAGCAGUCCAGAGCUCUCUCACUUCAGUCUGCCAGCCAUCGUCACCACCUCAGUGCCCACCUCCAUGACGGGUCACAUGAUGUAUCCCAGCCCACACACGCUCAUGUACGCAUCAGCGCCCACGCUAGCAGACGGGAGUGUAGCGGUGCUCAACGCAUUCACACAGGGACAGAUGUCACACACACCGACUCAGGACACGGUCAGUCUGCCAGCCAUCGUCACCACCUCAGUGCCCACCUCCAUGACGGGUCACAUGAUGUAUCCCAGCCCACACACGCUCAUGUACGCAUCAGCGCCCACGCUAGCAGACGGGAGUGUAGCGGUGCUCAACGCAUUCACACAGGGACAGGUGUCACACACACCGACUCAGGACACGGGGUCAUGA